AACCUGAAAGACAGACAGGGAAACAGGGAACCAGGCGGUCAACAACAAAAAAACUCUGAACAAGAGGACAGCAAUGUUUACAGCCAGGCUUCAGAACAAGCCGUAAAACACAAGAGGCGGUCGCCGCCCACUGACGGACCCCCCUCAUCCCCUCACAGCAACCUGCACCCCGCAGGGUCUACCGAGGAGCAGGAGAGCCCUGAGAGAGUGGUGCAGAAGGAGAGGCUCCACGCUGAGUUGAAGCACGUGUUGAGCCUGAAGAGGACUCAGCUGAGAGCAUCGAGCAGACGUCUGACCCGAGCUGACAUGGACUCUUCAUCUACUGAGGAGCAGACGCUGGAGGAGGCCGAGGCCAUCAAGCCGGUGGAAAUCACCGUGGAGACGGAGGCGGAGGCGGGAGCUAGCGGUUACAGCGUAACAGGUGGAGGACAGAAAGGAAUCUUCAUCAAGGACGUCCUCAAAGACUCCCCUGCGGCCAAACACCUCAGUCUGCAGCAAGGGGAUCAGCUCCUGAGUGCCAAAGUCUACUUCGACAACGUCAAAUACGAAGAUGCCCUGAAGAUCCUGCAGUGCGCAGAGCCAUAUAAGGUCAGCUUCCUGGUGAAGAGGACGGUCGCUGGAAGCGAGGUCAUCGUGAGACCUGCGGCCCCCAGCCUGGAGGCCAAGGGGCCCAGAGCCAAGGUAGCGAAAAUGAGUGCUAAAAGCAACAAACCAUUCAAGGUGAAGAAGACGAGAGGAGGCCGCUUCGGGCUGAAGCGACUGAAGGAGAAGAGGGGGAGAGAGGAGCUGGUGGUCGAGGGAACCCCCCCCAGGGUGGACAUAAGCGAUGUGGACGUGGAAUUCUGCCUUCCCAAGAUGAAACCGAAGAGUGGCAUUGAAGCCACAGCAGAUGGGACUGAAGGAGUAGUCUCAGGAAAGAGAAAGAAGAGAAUCAGGUUUCCUAAGAUGAGAGCAAGCACAGAAGUGGAAACAGGACCAUUCGUGGAACACUUGGAUGUAUCUGGAACUAAAGUUGACAGCAAGGUCAAAGGCCCCAAAUUUGGAAUUACCUUCCCGAAGACGAAAAACACAACCUCUGUCUCAUCCUCAGCCAAGGCCACAGUGGAGAUGAAAGCACCAGAAAUGAAACUGCACCCACCAUCAGUAGAAUUCAGUUUGUCAGCUGAUAAAGGUGGUGGUGAGCUGGACAUGGAAAAGGGAAGGGCUAAGGUUAAUACACCAGAGGUUGAGUUUGCUCUCCCUUCAGGGAAGGCUGGAGCAUCUUUGCCCAUUGUGUCCAAGGGUAAAGCAGAAUUCAAGGCUCCUGUAGUUGACAUUAAAGGAGAUAUUAAUGCGAAGGGCCUUGGAGGAAAAGGUAAAGUCCCAAAGAUAAGCAGGGAUGCAGAUGUGGAAAAAGGUGAAGGAAAACUACGAAUGCCAAAGCUGAAACUACCAAAAGUACGACUCUCACGCCACUCUGAUGAGAUUGAUGGUGACUUUAAAAUGAAGGCUGAAAGUACAAAAAUGCCCAAUAUCGAUGUAGCAUCUCCUACUGUAGAUGUCGAUUUUUCUUUGUCCCCAAUGAAAGGAAAGGUUGAAGGAGAUAUCAAAUUACCUACAACAAAGGUUCAAGGAGGGGUUGAUGGCAGUAUUACCGGGAUGGAGGUCUCUAAGGAAAAGCCAUCAGGGAAAAUGACAUCUGUGGAUAUCUCAUUGCCAAAAGGGAAGGGGAAAUCUCAUAUGGAAGUCUCCAAUCAUGAGAAAGAGGGGAUGAAAAUGCCCUCCAUCGAUAUAUCAGUGCCUGGAGUCAGCUUUGACUUUGACACUGUUCGAAGAGUUCCUGAUGAAAUUGAGGGCCCUUCAUUCAAAGGGCCCAAUAUCAGUGUGCCAAAAGCAGAUAUCUCGUUGCCAAAGAUGGAAUUACCAGAUGUGGAAUUUCAAAGUCUAGAACGUGGAUUUAAAAUUGACUGCCCCUCAGUUGAUAUCUCCCCUCCAAAGAAUAAACUUCAUGGAGGAGAUAUGGAAAUGGAACAUUACAUGGGAGGAGAUGGAAAGUUCAAAAUGCCUGAAUUCAACAUAUCCCUACCAAAAAUGCAUCCUCCGAAGGGAGAAGUAAAAAUAGAGGGACGAGAAACAGAGGCAGGUUUUAAAUUACCAAAAGUUGGCCUGAAUCUCCCCAAGGGCCAAUUAAAAGGAGGAAAUGUGGAAACACAAGACAUCGAUGUCUCACUUCCAAAAGGAAAAGUUGAGGGUGACAUGAUAAUUGAAGGCAAGGGCGCAAAAUUCUCCAUGCCCUCUUUCGAUGUAUCAGUACCGGCCCGAAAUCUACCUGGAGGUAACGUUAAAUUGGAAGGACCAGAUAUUAAGGGAAAGAUGGAGAUGCCAGAUGUUGACAUCUCCAUUCCAAAAGGAAAACCUGAAAGUGAUAUCAAUUUUGAAGGAAAGGGCGGGAAAUUUAAACUACCCAAAUUUGAUAUUUCACUACCCAAUAUAAAUCUACCUGAGGGCAAGGUUGAAAUAGAAGGGCCUAAUAUGAAGGGAAAGAUGGACAUGCCAAAUUUUGACAUUUCACUCCCUAAAGGAAAAGCAGGAGGUGAUAUCGACAUUGACGCACAUGUUGGCAAAGGCGGUAAAUUCCAUAUGCCCUCAAUAGAUCUCUCUCACCCCAAAAUGAAAGUGAAAGGGCCUGAUGUCAACAUAGAAGGCCCGGAUGUCAAAGGUGGAAAGUUUGUCAUGCCUUCAUUCGAUGUUUCAUUACCUAAGGUAAAUCUACCUGGAGGUAACAUUAAACUUGAAGGACCAGAUAUGAAAGGGAAGGUGGAGGUUCCAGAUGUUGAUAUCUCCCUUCCCAAAGGAAAAGCUGAGGCUGAAAUGAGCAUUAAAGGAAAGGGUGGGAAAUUUAAAAUGCCUAAAUUUGAUAUUUCCCUACCAAAGAUAAAUCUACCAGAGGGCAACGUUAAAAUAGAAGGGCCAGAGAUGAAGGGAAAGAUCGACAUGCCUGAUGUUGACAUUUCACUCCCUAAAGGAAGAGCAGAAGGGGAUAUUGACAUUGACGCACAUGUUGGCAAAGGAGGUAAAUUUCACAUGCCUUCUAUAGAUCUUUCUCUACCUAAAAUGAAAGCGAAAGGACCUGAUGUCAACAUAGAAGGUCCGGAUGUCAAAGGUGGAAAGUUUGCCGUACCCUCAUUUGAUGUUUCAUUACCAAAAGUAAAUCUACCUGGAGGCAACAUUAAACUGGAGGGACCAGAUAUGAAAGGGAAGGCGGAAAUGCCAGAUGUUGACAUCUCACUCCCCAAAGGAAAAGCGGAAAGUGAAAUAAACAUUGAAGGAAAAGGCAGUCAAUUUAAAAUGCCCAAAUUCGAUGUUUCAAUGCCAAAGAUCAACCUACCAGAGGGAGAUUUAAAGUUGAAAGCCCCCGAUCUUAAGGGUAAGACGAUUGAGAUGCCAAACAUCAAUAUCUCACUCCCUAAAGCAAAAACUGGAGGGGAUAUCGACGUUGAGGCAGACGGGGCCAAAGGUGGUAAAUUCCAUAUGCCAUCAAUAGAUCUUUCUCUCCCCAAAAUUAAAGUGAAAGGACCUGAUGUCAAUAUAGAAGGCCCUGAUGUCAAAAGUGGAAAGAUUGACAUGCCCUCAUUCGAUGUUUCAUUACCUAAGGUAAAUGUACCAGGAGGUAACGUUAAACUGAAAGGACCGGACAUGAAAGGGAAGGUGGAGAUGCCAGACGUUGGUAAAUCACUCCCCAAAGGAAGAGUGGAGGGUGAAAUAAACUUUGAAGGAAAGGGCGGAAGAUUUAAAAUGCCCAAGUUCAAUAUUUCAAAACCAAAGGUAAAUCUACCUGAGGGCAACGUUAAAAUAGAAAGGCCAGAGAUGAAGGGAAAGAUGGAUAUGCCAGAUGUUGACAUUUCACUCCCUAAAGGAAAAGCAGGAGGGGAUAUCGACCUUAAGGCACACAGUGCCAAAGGCGGUAAAUUCCAUCUGCCCUCAGUAGACUUUUCCCUCCCAAGAAUGAAAGUGAAAGGACAUAAGGUCAACAUAGAGGGCCCCGAUGUCAAAGCCGGAAAAGUUGGCACACCUUCAUUCAAUGUUUCGGUACCAGAGAUAAAUCUACCUGGAGGCCACGUUAAACUGGAAGGACCAGAUUUGAAGGGAAAGAUGGAGAUGCCAGAUGUUGAUAUCUCCCUUCCCAAAGGAAAAGCUGAGGCUGAAAUGAACAUUGAAGGAAAGGGUGGGAAAUUUAAAAUGCCUAAAGUCGAUAUUUCACUACCAAAGGCAAAUCUACCUGAGGGCAAAGUUAAAAUGGAAGGGCAUGAUUUGAAGGGAAAGAUGGACAUGCCCGAUGUUGAAAUUUCACUGCCUAAAGGAAAGGCAGAAGGGGACAUCGACAUUGACACACAUAUUGGCCGAGGAGGCAAAUUUCAAAUGCCUUCCAUAGAUCUUUCUCUACCUAAAAUAAAAGUGAAAGGACCUGAUGUCAACAUAGAAGGCCCGGAUGUCAAAGGUGGAAAAUUGGCCAUGCCUUCAUUCGAUGUUUCAUUACCUAAGGUAGAUCUACCAGGAGGUAACGUUAAACUGGAAGGACCAAAUAUGAAAGGGAAGGUUGAGAUGCCAGACGUUGAUAUAUCACUCCCCGAAGGAAAAGUGGAAGGUGAAAUAAAUAUUGAAGGAAAGGGCGGGAAAUUUAAAAUGCCCAAAUUUGAUGUUUCACUACCAAAGAUCAACCUCCCAGAAGGAGAUUUAAAAUUGAAAGGCCCAGAUCCUAAGGGUAAGAAGAUUGAGAUGCCAAACAUUGAUAUCUCACUCCCUAAAGGAAAAGCAGAAGGGGACAUUGACAUUGAUGCACAUGUUGGCAAAGGAAGUAAAUUCCACAUGCCUUCAAUAGAUCUUUCUCUACCUAAAAUGAAUGUGAAAGGACCUGAUGUCAACAUAGGAGGCCCUGAUGUCAAAGGUGGAAAGUUUUCCAUUCCUUCAUUCGAUGUUUCAUUACCUAAUGUAAAUCUACCAGGAGGUAACGUUAAAUUGGAAGGACCAGAUAUGAAAGGGAAGGUUGAUAUGCCAGACGUUGAUAUAUCACUCCCCGAAGGAAAAGCGGAGGGUGAAAUAAACACAGACGGAACGGGCAGGAAAUUUAAAAGGCCAAAAUUCGAUGCUUCACUGCCGAAGAUCAACCUCCCAGAAGGAGAUAUAAAAUUGAAAGGCCCAAAUCUUAAGGGUAAGAAGAUUGAGAUGCCAAACAUUGAUAUCUCACUCCCUAAAGGAAAAGCAGUAGUGGAUCUCGACGUUGAAGCACACGGGGCCAAAGGCGGUAAAUUCCACAUGCCAUCGGUAGACUUUUCCCUCCCAAAAAUGAAAGUCAAAGGACGCGAUGUCAACAUAGAAGGCCCUGAUGUCAAAGGUGGAAAGUUUGGCAUGCCCUCAUUCGAUGUUUCAUUACCAAAGGUAAAUCUACCUGGAGGCAAUGUUAAACUGGAAGGACCAGAUUUGAAAGGAAAGAUGGAGAUACCAGAUGUUGAUAUCUCCCUUCCCAAAGGAAAAGCUGAAGCUGAAAUGAACAUUGAAGGAAAGGGUGGGAAAUUUAAAAUGCCUAAAUUCGAUUUUUCACUACCAAAGGCAAAUCUACCUGAGGGCAAAGUGAAAAUGGAAGGGCCUGAUUUGAAGGGAAAAAUGGACAUGCCCGAUGUGGACAUUUCACUCCCUAAAGCAAAGGCAGAAGGGGAUAUCGACAUUGACACACAUAUUGGCAGAGGAGGUAAAUUCCAAAUGCCUUCCGUAGAUCUUUCUCUACCUAAAAUUAAAGUGAAAGGACCUGGUGUCAACAUAGAAGGCCCGGAUGUCAAAGGUGGAAAAUUGGCAAUGCCUUCAUUCGAUGUUUCAUUACCUAAGGUAAAUCUACCAGGUAGUAACGUUAAACUGGAAGGACAAGAUAUGAAAGGGAAGGUUCAGAUGGCAGACGUUGAUAUAUCACUCCCCAAAGUAAAAGCAGAAGGUGAAAUAAACAUUGAAGGAAAGGGCGGGAAAUUCAAAAUGCCCAAAUUCGACGUUUCACUACCAAAGAUCAACCUCCCAGAAGGAGAUUUAAAAUUGAAAGGCCCAGAUCUUAAGGGUAAGAAGAUUGAGAUGCCAAACAUUGAUAUCUCACUCCCUAAAGGAAAAGCAGAAGGCGAUAUCGACAUUGACGCACACGUUGGCAAAGGAAGUAAAUUCCACAUGCCUUCCAUAGAUCUUUCUCUACCUAAAAUGAAUGUGAAAGGACCUGAUGUCAACAUAGAAGGCCCUGAUGUCAAAGGUGGAAAGUUUUCCAUGCCUUCAUUUGAUGUUUCAUUACCCAAGGUAAAUCUACCAGGACGUAACGUUAAAUUGGAAGGACCAGAUAUGAAAGGGAAGGUUGAUAUGCCAGACGUUGCUAUAACACUCCCCGAAGGAAAAGCGGAGGGUGGAAUAAACAUUGACGGAACGGGCGGGAAAUUUAAGAGGCCAAAAUUCGAUGUUUCACUACCGAAGACCAACCUCCCAGAUGGAGAUUUAAAAUUGAAAGGCCCAGAUCUUAAGGGUAAGAAGAUUGAGAUGUCAAGCAUUGAUAUCUCACUCCCUAAAGGAAAAGCAGGAGUGGAUCUGAACAUUGAGGCACACGGGGCCAAAGGCAGUAAAUUCCACAUGCCCUCAGUAGGCUUUUCCCUCCCAAAAAUGAAAGUCAAAGGACCCGAUGUCAACAUAGAAGGCCCUGAUGUCAAAGGUGGAAAGUUUGCCAUGCCCUCAUUCGAUGGUUCAUUACCAAAGGCAAAUCUACCUGGAGGCAACGUUAAACUGGAAGGACCAGAUAUGAAGGGAAAGAUGGAGAUGCAAGAUGUUGAUAUCUCGCUUCCUAAGGGAAAAGCUGACGCUGAAAUGAACAUUGAAGGAAAGGGUGGGAAAUUUAAAAUGCCUAAAUUCGAUGUUUCACUUCCAACGAUCAACCUACCAGAAGGAGAUUUAAAAUUAAAAGGCCCAGAACUUAAGGGUAAGAAGAUUGAGAUGCCGAACAUCGACAUCUCAUUCCCUAAAGGAAAAGCAGGAGGUGAUAUCGACAUUGAGGCACACAGGGCCAAAGGCGGAAAAUUCCAUAUGCCAUCACUAGAUCUCUCCCUCCCCAAAAUGAAAGUGAAAGGACCUGAUGUCAACGUAGAAGGCCCUGAUGUCAAGGGUGGAACAUUUAACAUGCCCUCAGUCGAUGGUUCACUACCAAAGGUAAAUCUGCCUGGAGGCAACGUUAAACUUGAUGGACCAGAUUUGAUGGGAAAGAUGGAGAUGCCAGAUGUUGAUAUCUCCUUUCCCAAAGGAAAAGCUGAGGCUGAAAUGAACAUUGAAGGAAAGGGUGGGAAAUUUAAAAUGCCUAAAUUCGAUAUUUCACUACCAAAGGUAAAACUACCUGAGGGCAAAGUUAAAAUUGAAGGGCCUAAUAUUAAGGGAAAGCUGGACAUGCCAGAUGUUGACAUUUCACUCCCUAAAGGAAAAGCAGAAGGAGAUAUCGAAAUUGACACACAUGUUGGCAAAGGAAGUAAAUUCCACAUGCCUUCCAUAGAACUUUCUCUACCUAAAAUGAAUGUGAAAGGACCUGAUGUCAACAUAGAAGGCCCGGAUUUCAAAGGUGGAAAGUUUGCCAUGCCUUCAUUCGAUGUUUCAUUACCAAAGGUAAAUCUACCAGGAGGUAACGUUAAACUGGAAGGACCAGAUAUGACAGGGAAGGUUGAGAUGCCAAACAUUGAUACAUCAAUUCCCGAAGGAAAAGUGGAGGGUGAAAUAAACAUUGAAGGAAAGGGCGGGAAAUUUAAAAUGCCAAAAUUCAAUGUUUCACUACCAACGAUCAACCUCCCAGAAGGAGAUUUAAAAUUGAAAGGCCCAGAUCUUAAGGGUAAGAAGAUUGAGAUGCCGAACAUAGACCUCUCACUCCCUAAAGGAAAAGCAGGAGGUGAUAUCGACAUUGAGGCACACGGGGCCAAAGGCGGUAAAUUCCACAUGCCAUCAAUAGAUCUCUCCCUCCCCAAAAUGAAAGUUAAAGGACCUGAUGCCAACGUAGAAGGUCCUGAUGUCAAGGGUGGAAAAUUUGCCAUGCCAUCAUUCGAUGGUUCACUACCAAAGGUAAAUCUACCUGGAGGCAACGUUAAACUUGAGGGACCAGAUUUGAAGGGAAAGAUGGAGAUGCCAGAUGUUGAUGUAUCCCUUCCCAAAGGAAAAGCUGAGGCCGAAAUGAACAUUGAAGGAAAGGGUGGGAAAUUUAAAAUGCCUAAAUUCGAUAUUUCCCUACCAAAGGUAAAACUACCUGAGGGCAAAGUUAAAAUUCAAGGGCCUAAUAUGAAGGGAAAGCUGGACAUGCCAGAUGUUGACAUUUCACUCCCUAAAGGAAAAGCAGAAGGAGGUAUCGAAAUUGACACACAUGUUGGCAAAGGAAGUAAAUUCCACAUGCCUUCCAUAGAUCUUUCUCUACCUAAAAUGAAUGUGAAAGGACCUGAUGUCAACAUAGAAGGCCCGGAUUUCAAAGGUGGAAAGUUUGCCAUGCCUUCAUUCGAUGUUUCAUUACCAAAGGUAAAUCUACCAGGAGGUAACGUUAAACUGGAAGGACCAGAUAUGACAGGGAAGGUUGAGAUGCCAAACGUUGAUACAUCAAUUCCCGAAGGAAAAGUGGAGGGUGAAAUAAACAUUGAAGGAAAGGGCGGGAAAUUUAAAAUGCCAAAAUUCAAUGUUUCACUACCAACGAUCAACCUCCCAGAAGGAGAUUUAAAAUUGAAAGGCCCAGAUCUUAAGGGUAAGAAGAUUGAGAUGCCGAACAUAGACCUCUCACUCCCUAAAGGAAAAGCAGGAGGUGAUAUCGACAUUGAGGCACACGGGGCCAAAGGCGGUAAAUUCCACAUGCCAUCAAUAGAUCUCUCCCUCCCCAAAAUGAAAGUUAAAGGACCUGAUGCCAACGUAGAAGGUCCUGAUGUCAAGGGUGGAAAAUUUGCCAUGCCAUCAUUCGAUGGUUCACUACCAAAGGUAAAUCUACCUGGAGGCAACGUUAUACUUGAGGGACCAGAUUUGAAGGGAAAGAUGGAGAUGCCAGAUGUUGAUAUAUCCCUUCCCAAAGGAAAAGCUGAGGCUGAAAUGAACAUUGAAGGAAAGGGUGGGAAAUUUAAAAUGCCUAAAUUCGAUAUUUCCCUACCAAAGGGAAAACUACCUGAGGGCAAAGUUAAAAUUCAAGGGCCUAAUAUGAAGGGAAAGCUGGACAUGCCAGAUGUUGACAUUUCACUCCCUAAAGGAAAAGCAGAAGGAGGUAUCGAAAUUGACACACAUGUUGGCAAAGGAAGUAAAUUCCACAUGCCUUCCAUAGAUCUUUCUCUACCUAAAAUUAAUGUGAAAGGACCUGAUGUCAACAUAGAAGGCCCGGAUUUCAAAGGUGGAAAGUUUGCCAUGCCUUCAUUCGAUGUUUCAUUACCAAAGGUAAAUCUACCAGGAGGUAACGUUAAACUGGAAGGACCAGAUAUGACAGGGAAGGUUGAGAUGCCAAACGUUGAUACAUCAAUUCCCGAAGGAAAAGUGGAGGGUGAAAUAAACAUUGAAGGAAAGGGCGGGAAAUUUAAAAUGCCAAAAUUCAAUGUUUCACUACCAACGAUCAACCUCCCAGAAGGAGAUUUAAAAUUGAAAGGCCCAGAUCUUAAGGGUAAGAAGAUUGAAAUGCCGAACAUAGACCUCUCACUCCCUAAAGGAAAAGCAGGAGGUGAUAUCGACAUUGAGGCACACGGGGCCAAAGGCGGUAAAUUCCACAUGCCUUCAAUAGAUCUCUCCCUCCCCAAAAUGAAAGUUAAAGGACCUGAUGUCAACGUUCAAGGCCCUGAUGUCAAGGGUGGAAAAUUUGCCAUGCCCUCAUUCGAUGGUUCACUACCAAAGGUAAAUCUACCUGGAGGCAACAUUAAACUUGAGGGACCAGAUUUCAAGGGAAAGAUGGAGAUGCCAGAUGUUGAUAUAUCCCUUCCCAAAGGAAAAGCUGAGGCUGAAAUGAACAUUGAAGGAAAGGGUGGGAAAUUUAAAAUGCCUAAAUUCGAUAUUUCCCUACCAAAGGGAAAACUACCUGAGGGCAAAGUUAAAAUGGAAGGGCCUAAUAUGAAGGGAAAGCUGGACAUGCCAGAUGUUGACAUUUCAUUCCCUAAAGGAAAAGCAGAAGGAGAUAUCGAAAUUGACACACAUGUUGGCAAAGGAAGUAAAUUCCACAUGCCUUCCAUAGAUCUUUCUCUACCUAAAAUGAAUGUGAAAGGACCUGAUGUUAACAUAGAAGGCCCGGAUUUUAAAGGUGGAAAGUUUGCCAUGCCUUCAUUCGAUGUUUCAUUACCGAAGGUAAAUCUACCAGGAGGUAACGUUAAACUGGAAGGACCAGAUAUGACAGGGAAGGUUGAGAUGCCAAACGUUGAUACAUCAAUUCCCGAAGGAAAAGUGGAGGGUGAAAUUAACAUUGAAGGAAAGGGCGGGAAAUUUAAAAUGCCAAAAUUCAAUGUUUCACUACCAACGAUCAACCUCCCAGAAGGAGAUUUAAAAUUAAAAGGCCCAGACCUUAAGGGUAAGAAAACUGAGAUGCCGAACAUCGACAUCUCUCUCCCUAAAGGAAAAGCAGGAGGUGAUAUCGACAUUGAGGCACACAGGGCCAAAGGCGGUAAAUUCCACAUGCCAUCAAUCGAUAUCUCCCUCCCCAAAAUGAAAGUGAAAGGACCUGAUGUCAACGUAGAAGGCCCUGAUGUCAAGGGUGGAAAAUUUGCCAUGCCCUCAUUCGAUGGUUCACUACCAAAGGUAAAUCUACCUGGAGGAAACAUUAAACUUGAGGGACCAGAUUUGAAGGGAAAGAUGGAGAUGCCAGAUGUUGAUAUCUCCCUUCCCAAAGGAAAAGCUGAGGCUGAAAUGAACAUUGAAGGAAAGGGUGGGAAAUUUAAAAUGCCUAAAUUCGAUAUUUUACUACCAAAGGUAAAACUUCCUGAGGGCAAAGUUAAAAUGGAAGGGCCUGAUAUGAAGGGAAAGCUGGACAUGCCAGAUGUUGACAUUUCACUCCCUAAAGGAAAAGCAGAAGGAGAUAUCGACAUUGACGCACAUGUUGGCAAAGGAAGUAAAUUCCACAUGCCUUCCAUAGAUCUUUCUCUACCUAAAAUGAAAGUGAAAGGACCUGAUGUCAACAUAGAAGGCCCAGAUUUCAAAGGUGGAAAGUUUGCCAUGCCUUCAUUCGAUGUUUCAUUACCAAAGGUAAAUCUACCAGGAGGUAACGUUAAACUGGAAGGACCAGAUAUGAAAGGGAAGGUUGAGAUGCCAGACGUUGAUAUAUCACUCCCCGAAGGAAAAGUGGAGGGUGAACUCAACACUGAAGGAAAGGGCGGGAAAUUUAAAAUGCCAAAAUUCGAUGUUUCACUACCAAAGAUCAACUUCCCAGAGGGAGAUUUAAAAAUAAAAGGCCCAGAUCUUGAGGGUAAGAAGAUGGAGAUGCCGAACAUCAAUAUCUCACUCCCUAAAGGAAAAGCAGGAGGGGAUAUCGACGUUGAGGCACAUGGGGCCAAAGGCGGUAAAUUCCACAUGCCAUCAAUAGAUCUCUCCCUCCCCAAAAUGAAAGUGAAAGGACCUGAUGUCAACGUAGAAGGCCCUGAUGUCAAAGGUGGAAAGUUUGCCAUGCCCUCAUUCGAUGGUUCACUACCAAAGGUAAAUCUACCUGGAGGCAGUGUUAAAGUUGAGGGACCAGAUUUUAAGGGAAAGAUGGAGAAGCCAGAUGUUGAUAUCUCCCUCCCCAAAGGAAUAGCUGAGGCUGAAAUGAACAUUGAAGGAAAGGGUGGGAAAUUUAAAAUGCCUAAAUUCGAUAUUUCACUACCAAAGGUAAAACUACCUGAAGCCAAAGUAAAAAUUGAAGGGCCUAAUAUGCAGGGAAAGCUGGACAUGCCAGAUGUUGACGUUUCACUCCCUAAAGGAAAAUCAGAAGGAGAUAUCGACAUUGACGCACAUGUUGGCAAAGGAAGUAAAUUCCACAUGCCUUCCAUAGAUCUUUCUCCACCUAAAAUGAAAGUGAAAGGACCUGAUGUCAAUGUAGAAGGCCCAGAUUUCAAAGGUGGAAAGUUUGCCAUGCCUUCAUUCGAUGUUUCAUUACCAAAGGUAAAUCUACCAGGAGGUAACGUUAAACUGGAAGGACCAGAUAUGAAGGGAAAGAUGGAGAUGCCAGAUGUUGAUGUCUCACUUCCUAAAGGAAAAGCUGAGGCUGAAAUGAACGUUGAAGGAAAGUGUGGGAAAUUUAAAAUGCCUAAAUUCGAUGUUUCACUUCCAACGAUGAACCUCCCAGAAGGAGAUUUAAAAUUAAAAGGCCCAGAUCUAAAGGGUAAAAAGAUUGAGAUGCCGAACAUCGACAUCUCACUCCCUAAAGGAAAAGCAGGAGGGGAUAUAGACCUUGAGGCACACAGGGCCAAAGGCGGUAAAUUCCACAUGCCAUCACUAGAUCUCUCCCUCCCCAAAAUGAAAGUGAAAGGACCUGAUGUCAACGUAGAAGGCCCUGAUGUCAAGGGUGGAACAUUUAACAUGCCCUCAGUCGAUGGUUCACUACCAAAGGUAAAUCUACCUGGAGGCAAUGUUAAACUUGAGGGACCAGAUUUGAUGGGAAAGAUGGAGAUGCCAGAUGUUGAUAUCUCCCUUCCCAAAGGAAAAGCUGAGGCUGAAAUGAACAUUGAAGGAAAGGGUGGGAAAUUUAAAAUGCCUAAAUUCGAUAUUUCACUACCAAGGGUAAAACUACCUGAUGGCAAAGUUCAAAUUGAAGGACCUGAUAUGAAGGGAAAGCUGGACAUGCCAGAUUUUGACAUUUCACUCCCUAAAGGAAAAGCAGAAGGCGACAUCGACAUUGACGCACAUGUUGGCAAAGGUAGUAAAUUCCACAUGCCUUCCAUUGAUCUUUCUCUACCUAAAAUGAAAGUGAAAGGACCUGAUGUCAACAUAGAAGGCCCAGAUGUCAAAGGUGGAAAGUUUGCCAUCCCCUCAUUUGAUGUUUCAUUACCAAAGGUAAAUCUACCAGGAGGUAACGUCAAACUGGAAAGACCAGAUAUGAAAGGGAAGGUUGAGAUGCCAGAUGUUUCAUCCCCAAGUGGAAAAGCUGAAGGACAUUUUGACAUAUCUCCAGCGGGGACAGAAGGCAUAGGUGGAUCAAUUAAUCUCCGCACUGUAAAACUACCAAAGGUUGACAUCUCAGCUCCUAAGGUCGACUUUGACUUCAGCUUGGCCAAACCUAAGGAGGAUGACAUGGAACAGGAGCUACUGAAAGCAGAAGGUGGAAGGCCGUCUUCCAGCAGUAGUUUUGAAAUGCCUGAUGUGUCUCUAAGUCUUCCAAAGUUUGCGCUUCCCAAAUUUGGGGGGAGACCUAAGAGUGGAGAGUUAGAGGGAAAAAAUCCAUCCUUCAGCCCUACUGAAGGAGAAAUAGGAGCACCAUCAUUAGAGUUUGAUGAUGGUGAAGGAAAUAUUAAAGUCAAAGUAAACAAGCCUAAAAUCAAAAUGCCCUCAUUUGGAAUCUCUAAAAAGACGUCAAAUGCAUCUGUUUCUUGCCCUGAGGGAGAUCUUGAUGCAAAAUUUGAUGGAGACGUGCACAAGGGUGAGUUUCAUGCACCCAACGUCUCAAUUCAACUUCCCAGGUUUUCAGGCUUUGGAUCCAAGGAAGUAGGCAUGGCCAAGACAAGUGGAGACCUUGAUGCAAAGGCCAUGGUCAAAAUACCAGCAAUCAAACUGUCACUGCCAGCAGCAAAGACACCAGACACAGAGGUUCUUCUUCCCAAAGUAGAGGUAGACGUAUCAGAAGCUGAUAUAAGAGGUUACGAGGGCAACCUAAAAAUCCCUAAAAUGCCAACAAUUGAUGUGUCUGCCCCAAAAACAGACCUGGACGUGUCAGUGUCUGAGGAAGAAAAAGGAACAAUUAAAAUCCCCUCUGUCAGUUUGCCAGACAGUAAUAUAUCUGUUCCAAAAGGAAGGCCAGCAAAAAUGAAAAGGCCAGAAAUGGAUCUCAAAGGAUCAGGAGAAUUAGAUGAAUCAGAUGUUGAAAUAGACGGAAAAGGACAAAGCAAGUUUAAUAUGCCCCAUGUCAAACUACCAAACAUUGACUUAACCUUGCCUACGGUAAAAAUUGGAAAGGCUAAUACAUCAGAUGUGGAUUUACCCAACUCUGCAAUGGAAGGAAAAGCAUUGGUAGGGGAUAUUAAUUCACCAGAAGUAGAAAUUGAAGGAAAGAAAGGAAAGCCUCAGAUCAAAAUCCCAAAUGUGGACAUUUCACUUCCUCAAGGACAAUCUGGAACGAUUAAAGGACCUGAUGUUGAAAUGGAGAUGAAAGGAAAGGGAGGUGGGCAUUUUAAAAUGCCAAAUGUCCAUAUAUCGCUACCUAAAGGAAAACUACCAAAGUCAGAUAAACCUUGUGUGGAUCUUGAAGCUGAGGUAGAGGGAUGCAAACUCAAGGGGCCAGAUGUCAAACUUCCAUCUGCUCAUAUAUCAAUUCCAGAAGUCCCAUGCUCCGACUUAAAGGUUGAUGUGGAUAUAGGCAAGAAAAAGAUGGAACUCCCUGAUAUCGAACUCAACACACCAGCCAGUGGAAUGGGCAAGGGCACUAAGGUUAAAGGCACUAGAUUCAAGAUUGGGAUGCCAAAAAUGAAAAACAGCGGUGAAGCAAAUGUAGAGUUGAAUAAACGUGGCAAAGGCAAAGAGAUUGAAGGGAUGAGUUGUAAAAUGGAGGAAUCAGGCAACUCAAAUGGAGAGGGUGCUUUCUCAUUAACUAAAGAAGUUAAAGCACCAAGCACACACAACACAGACUAUGAUAUCAGUGCUUCACAGGAAUAUGAUUCCAAAAUGGGUAAAGGCCAGAAAAUCAAAAUCCCUAAAUUUGGGGUUGCAUUGCCAGUUAUUUCCACUCCUGAGGGAAGGAUGAAUGUUAAUCAGACUGAGAUACACUAUGAGACAUUGCCCAAAGUAAAAAAAGCUAUGUUUGUGCUGGUAAAUACCGAGGGAGAGGAGCUUGACAUGCCUGCUAGUGUCCCCGAUGAGGAAAGAACUGGGAAUUUGGAAACAGGAGAUAAAGUAAGGAUACCAAAAAUCCAAAUGAAGCCAACCUUUGGGAAAACGGGCGCCAAGGACAAAGUAUCACUUAAGUUUGAGAGCUCAAGUUCCGGCCUCGAUGAUGAAAAAGACUUCAACAUUGGAUCGAAGGAUGAUAAAACCAAGACUAGUGGUAAAAUGAAACCGCCCAAGGUGUCAUUCACCUCUCCAUACACCAAGAUGGCAGAACCAGUGGAGGAGGACGCUGAACUGAGUGGAAAACUAGUGACCGAUUCCUCACCAGAAGGCAGAGAUGCUCAUGUGAAAGGAUUGAAGGGGCAAUCUGGCAAGGUGUCCUUUGCAGGGUAUAGUCUGACAACAAGUGGGGAGGGCGCUAAAGGAACAGCAGGAUCAGAAGAGAGGGGUGAUGUUGUGAAGUCUCUUGCAAGAUCAGAGAUGCUAGACAGGGAUAGCUCAGAGUCUCCAGACCCGCUUACGGCUGGGUACUCCAUGGGUUUCAGCUCAACAAAGUUCCAAGAAUGGGAGGCGAACCAUGGGACAGAUGCAACAGAGGCUUCUUCAUGGUUCAAGGUCCCCAAGUUUAGCCUAAAGCCACACUCCACAGGCUUCCUCCAGAUAACCCCGGAGGGUUCGCCCCGGGCCCAGCGGAGGUCAGAGGUCAGCGACGAGGUUGGCGGCGAGGAAGGGGUCUCGGGGAUGUUCUCCCUCCACUCGUCAGCGAUGGACUUCAGCUCCAGCCAUAGGUCCGAGCAGCAUCACGUCUCCACCGUGCAGGAGGGGUCCGUCACCAUGGUGACCAAGACCAUCAGAACCACCCGACAGGUGGUCGCCACGGAAACAAGGACGGGCGAGGGGUCAGUCACCACGACCACCCGCAGGGUGUUGGACAACGAGCAAUGAGGGUAAAAGUUGUUUUGUUAAUUAGCCCAAGAUGGCGUUUGGUUAUAUGCUAAUCGUGUGCAACGGAAUUUGGUUUUGGAAUAACAAAACAGUGAACAGCAACAUACUGUAUGUAUAUUAAAUGAAAAAGGGGAGUUAUGAGUUUGAUAAAAAAAAGAAACAUCUAUACUUCACCAGCUGUUACAGUCAGAGCAAUAGAGUAAUAUAUUUCUUAUUUUUCUUUGAUGUAUUUUUUUACGUGACCAUUAUUUUAUUUUUACCGUUACUGAAAAGUAAGAGUUGUGAGGUUAGUGAUGAUUAUAUUCAGGUUGGACUUGCUGGCUUCUGCAAAUGUUUUUUAGAAAAUUUCAGAUUUAACACCUGUUGAUUGCCAUCAUAUAUUUGCCUUACUCUCGACAAAAUGGAUUUGAUUAUAUAAUUAAUUACUAGCUAGAAUAUGGCAUUUUUCAAACACACAGGAUAAUCUUUUAUGUAAAUACAUUUAUAAAUGUGCUGUUUCAAGCAGUAUCUCUUUCAAUACAAAAUGAUAUUUUCAUAUAAGCAAAUUCAGCAAUAAUAUUUAGUUUUUUGAUUGAUGUUUCAUAAUGUUUGUCUUGAAAAUAUGUUUGUGUGAAUUUGAAAUGUAUAGGUUGAUUUUAUGUUAGGGUUUAUGUUCUACAUGUCAUUCUUAUCACCAGCAAAAAAAAAAAAUGGACGUGCUUCAGGGAACAGAAGACAUUGCAGCAGAGGGUAGCGGGGCGCCUGCGAGUAUUCUGGGUUGUCAUUUCGCAUAAAAACGGGGCAUAGGAUUCAAGUUGUACUGUCAGAAGAGUAGUAGUGUGCUGUAUACUUACACUUUUGUGGAUGUUUAUUUUGGUAUGUAAUCCACAGUUCAGGUUACGUUAGGUCCAACUGUGUGUCUUUUAGUAUCUUUAUCGUACCACAUUGAGGCUGUUUAAGAACCACCAGCCACUGAGGGCUUCACUCUCAAAUCAAAGCCUUUCUUCAAAAGUCCCUUUUAAGAUUAAGGAUACACAAUACAUUGAGAUAUAUAUAUAUAUAUAUAAAAUAACUUUUUUUGUGUGUUUUUUUGGCCUCAAAGUCUUGGGACUUGUGCGAUUUAAGUUUCUCUCAACAAAUCAACAUUUAGUUCAGGCAACUAGUUACAGAUUCACGAAGAGGGAUUGUUGAAAAGUGUCUUGAUUGUGAAACAGUGAACAAAACAGAGAUAAAAAAAUAGUCCACCAUGAAAUGUUUGUGUUCAGAAUCGGUGUUUGUACUUAUUUAUUUAUUUAUCUGCACAGUGGCCAGUGGCCGUAGCAUCACAACCCCUGUAAACCAUAUAGUUUGACCUGUCCCCUCUUUUUUCAUUCAUGUUGAGAUUAUUUUCUUGUCCAAAUGUAUAUGUGGAUAUAACUUAAAAGGUUUUGGAAUGGAGUCCUUGUGGUUUUCUGCUUUGGUGAGCUUAAAAGAACUGUGUAAUCAUUUGCAUCAAACAGCAAUUCUGGCAAUUUA